AUGGACCCAUCAUCGUCAACAAUCAGCGGGGCCUUCGAGGAACAAUUACCCAUAGUUGUCUCCAAUGGACCGUACCGUCCUAUUCGAAGCCCUGCUUCGUCUACCAUCCGGGAAGACCCAGUGGCUGUCUAUUUCCAAGAGGCCAUCGAUACCUAUCAUCACUUAUUCGAUCGGCAUUUCCCACGUAUUGGCCCUGCCAGUCCACUAUCCGCCAGAAUGCCGAUCCUGGAACAGACACAUCAACUGGACACCGAAGCCGAUGUUAUGCGGCUUGCCACCCUACAGCUUAUCCAUCCCGUCAACAUCGCACUGCAGCAGACAUGCCCACCUGGCACUCGAAUAUUGUGUCGCUCAGAAAGAUCCACCGGCGGUACGAGCCGCUUCGACAUGGAAUGGUCUUUACACGACUCUCGGGGUGCUCUGCUGUCUAAGCUUGCUAUCCUAGAGGUCAAAAGUACCAAUGUUCUACACAAAGAUGACUUCAAGAGCGCCGCUGUCGACGAGAGAAACUUUCGGUCGAAGAUGGCGAAGGCUGUGGAUGAAGAAAAUUCAACCCUUCUUCGGGGCAACGCUUUUUGGCUCUCCAAGCAAGCCCGAAAGUAUGCGGAUCAUUGCCCCUAUGUGGCGCUGUUUGACUGGAAUGCUAUGUUCCUUUUCAGCUUCCUGCCGCAAACACCCCAACCAGUGCGUGGAAUCUACUUUGAUGAACGUGGACGCACAGGGGGCACGACAUUCCGUCGCCUUCUUUUUGCUUUUGGAGUUCGGUCACUGAAGAACUACGAAGCGACCCGUCUGCGUAGGGGGCCAUAG